AUGUCGCGCAGGGGAGUUGGCGGCUGGAGGGACCUCGUCGGCGGCCGGAGACAGCUCGUCGGCGGCCUAAAUGAUCUCGAUCGCGGGCGGAGGAGAGUGCCGGUAAGUUUAAAGGCCGGCAGUUUACUCGGUGGUUUCGUGACCGCCGUUAUUUCCGGCGGCAUAAACUUGCAUAACAGCCGGUUGGGCCGCCGAAAUUUGAUUUCUGUGACAGGCGUGGAAUCCAUUGGCGUCUGUUAUGGAACAGGAGGGAAUAAUCUCCCAUCACCAAACGACGUGAUUAAUCUCUAUAAAUCAAAGAACAUCAAAGGAAUUCGACUGUACAACCCUGAUCAAGAUGCCCUCCAAGCCCUCAAAGACUCCAACAUUCCUGUAAUCCUCGACGUCCCCGAUUCUGACAUCUCCUCUCUGGCGUCCGACUCCUCCGCCGCCUCCCGAUGGGUCCAAAGCAACAUCCAAGCUUUCUCUGCAAAUGUCAACUUCCGAUACAUAGCCGUUGGCAAUCAACUUACCGGCGACUCUAACGCCAAUAACAUUCUUCCUGCAAUGCGUAACAUCGCAGCAGCGUUGAGAUCUGCUGGGUUACAAGAUCGGAUCAAGGUGUCGACGGCGGUUUCCACCGGCGUCCUCGGCACCUCCUAUCCUCCCUCCGCCGGCGCAUUCAGCUCCGACGCCAGCUCCGUUCUGGUACCCAUCAUCGGAUUCCUGAACGAGAAUGGAGCCCCGCUCCUGGCCAAUGUAUACCCUUAUGUCAGCUACACCAGCAAUCCUAACGCCAUCUCCCUCGACUAUGCGCUAUUCACUUCUCCGGGGACGGUGGUCACCGACGGGCAACUGCAGUACCAGAACCUUUUCGACGCCAUUGUCGAUUCCCUGUACUCUGCUUUGGAGAAGGUGGGAGGCCGCAGCAUUUCUGUGGUGGUUUCUGAGACUGGCUGGCCGUCGGAUGGGGGGCCGGCGGCAACAACGGCUAAUGCACAGACCUAUCUUUCAAAUCUGAUCGGCCAUGUCUCCUCCGGCACGCCGAAGAGGCCAGGAAGCAUUGACGCCUACAUAUAUGCCAUGUUUGAUGAGAACAAUCAGCAGCCACAGGGAACUGUGAAUCAUUAUGGUCUGUUUACUCCCGACAAGCAGCCCAAAUAUUCUAUCAGCUUCUAA